CAUUUUUCCUCCCCUGAACUUGUAGCCAAGUUCUUGGGGGGAAGAACUGAACAAGGGCUUCAGGAGAGAUCAUGGAGGAGAAUGGCGAGGAUGUGACUUCUCUGGCGGCCUACAUUUCAACAGAUGGCAGCUAUACAGGCCAACUUGCGGGAACAAAGAUUGCGAGAUGCGUGUCUCUCGUAACAUUUGUGUGAGAUGCACAUGUCUCAGCGGGGGAAUUGCCAGCGUGAUCAUAGAGUGCAUUGUACAGAGCAUCCCAUCUCUCUAUCCGCACUCUAGCAUUAGGAGCUUCUUUGUUACACCCUUCCCCCACUAGUGCUCCUUUUACUACACCCAAAUCAUUGAAAAGUGUCCUGCUGCCAUUUUAAAAUUUCCUGCUGCCAAUAUCACCGUGUCAUCCUCGGAGCACACCAUGUUGUCUGAUACCCUUCCAGAGACCGUGCCAGUGCCGAAUCACGGCACACUGACAGCUUCUUCGCAGGGCUCUUCCUCCGCCACAAAAUCAAGGCGCCAGCCCGUUUGGACCGAUGAGGAAACUCGGGCCUUCAUCCAGGUGUGGGGUGACGAUGCUGUGCAAAGUGCCCUGGCGUCAAACUACCGCACUGUUGCACAGUUCCAGUGGAUAGCAGAUGAAAUGCGAGCCCGGGGGUACAACAGGGAUUGGGAGCAAUGUCGUGAGCGUGCAAAGGUGCUUCGACGUGGCUUCAAAGAGAUCGUGGAUGGGAACAGCAAUGCUGGACACGGGCGCCGUGUUUGGCCAUAUUAUGAGGAACUUAAUCGCUUUCUCUGCAUCAAGCAGAAUCUGGUCGUUCCACGGCUUUCAGGGAGCAAUGCACGACCACCCGUUGACCGUCGACGCCGGGAACAUAGGGAAACUCAGGAUGCUGCCUAUGAGCCAUCCUCAUCAGUAGGCAAGAGUGACAAAGGGACUUUUGAAGAGCCAGAUGGGGACUGUUUACUCCUGCCUGAAUCGGCUGGAUCACAACAGAGUGAGGCCAAUAUGGAAAACCAAGCAGCAUCUCCAGCAGCAAAUUCUGAUAUAUCCAUGGAUGGCAGUGCUGGUCCUGGUACUCCCACAGAUCCUUUGCCACCCAAUGACUCGGUCUCUGCACCAAAUCUGCGCCCUCGACCACUGACUGCUGCAGAGAGAAUGCGGAAUCUUCGCUGUAGGCAGAGAAAGAGGAGGGGGGAUACUUUGAAGGAGCUGAUGGAAGUCACCUCCCAGGCCACCAGUGAACUUGUCCGGACACUGUCCGACCUCACACAUAAGGAGGUGGCUUCUUUUGAACGCGCCUACAAGGAGGAUCUUGCAGCUCGGAAAGACGAGAUGGAACAGAGUGCAGAGGACAUUGGAAGGCUCGUAAGUGCUCUGGAGUCAAGUGAUCAAACUCUGAAGGAGCAGCUGAGUAGCCAGACAAGCGUACUCCAGGGCAUACUAGAAGUCAUGAAAGACAUACGGGGUAGAACAUCAUACAGUCCUCCUUACCCUUCACAGUAUUAUGAUUUCCCAGGCGCUAGCAUGAUACACACAGCUGGCACAUCAUCGAACGGCCAAGAGAUGCCGUGCCCCUCCCCUUCCAGCCUUGCAUUCACUUCCCAGCAAUCUGCUACCAGCAAUGGAGACGUCUCUCCCAGGAAGCGGAUGAAAUGAAACCAUUGAAAUGGAGAGGCGCCGCUUAUUUAGUCUCAUUGUGAACAUCAUCCCUCCAACUGUUCUUUGUUCUUGUUAUGACAUAUAUAUUGCUUUUCUUAUUGCAUAGUUAGAAUGUGUUUUCACCACAUUAUGUGUGUCUCCACAACUUUACGUUGUGGAAAUGGCUGCCAGCAAUGUACAUUUAGAUUUAUUCUUAUUGGUUUUUUUUUUUUUAGCGUACCUACGUUAGCUUCCUUUCCACCCUGUUUCCAGAGGAAUGCAGUGUUUGAUGUACAAGUGUAAAAGUUCUUAAUACACUUAACACAUUACCAGGUACCUGUAAGAAGGUAGUCUUUUAAAAGUAAUAAAGCUGCACUGUUGAUCCAAAACAUC